UUUUGCUGUCAGCGCCAAUGGAAGUUUGGAAAAGAUAAGCACUGAAAAUUUAUCAUUUGAUUUGAUGUUUCUGCGCUAGAAGUUGUCAUUUUUGUAAAGAUUGAAAAUUCUCAUUUUUUUUAAAUUGCGCAUUUCAAGUUAUUCUGUUUGAAAUUGUGAAUGAUUACUUUAGUAAAAAAAAAGAAUAACCAAUGGGAAAUUCGAAUUCCAGAAGUGACUCUGGCAUCGAUGUGCAGAAUGGAUUAUCAGGUGUUUCAAGGGAAAAACUCCCAAAAACAUCUCCAACCGUUCCAAUAACCGAUGGAGUUUCAGCAGCAAAUAAUAAUGCUAUGUUAAAGGCCGAACGAUCCAUGAGUAGAUCUGCAUCGGGUGCAGAUGUUACGGAGAAAUAUUUAACCCAACUUGUUCCGAUUGAAAAAUUAUCAGAGAUACUUAAAGAGAAGUCUGCCAAACACGGUGUCAAUGGCAUUGUAUCAGACGUGUUUGUAUCACAAGUUUUUCCCCAAUAUGCUGAUUUAGGCAAAAGAUUAUUUCGCCUAAUGCAUUCAGCUUCGAAAGCAACAACAGCUCACUUGGGGACUAUGGCAUUCCGUCAACAGUGUGAGCGUUUUCUUGGUAUAAUGGAUGAUGAAAAAAUUUUGGAAUGCUAUAUUAAAAUGUAUGCUGAAGACGAUAAUCCUGAAUUUAUAACGAAAGAAGGUGUUACACGCUUACUCUUCAUAUGCUAUACAAUAGCAAUGCAACACUCUGGCAACGCAGUACUCUGUCCAGCAAUUAAUCGGACAUUUGGUUCGGUGACUAAGUCAAUAUUUUUUAGUCACGAUAAUCUAAGUGUAGGAUUUGUCUGUCGUUGGUUUGAGCAAAAUCUUAUAAGAUUAGUGUUGCUGGUGCACAAAUAUUGUUUACACACAUUAACAACAUCCUACAGAGGUCUUGAGCAACAAAGCCAAUCAUGCGGAAUUGAGCUACAAACUCCAGUUCUGGAACAACGCAAUCCAUUCCCUGAUGCUGCUAAUAAGGAUGCCAGCACUUCGAACUAUGAAUCGUUAAUGCCAUUAUCGCAAGCAUGGUUGCUAGCUGGGGGGCUUCCUCCACUCUUUUCUAAGCCGCAGACUAUACAGUCACCUACAUCCAAUAAAUCAUCCGCAGCACAAAUUUUUAAAGAAAAACUUUCCAUGAUGCCAUCUCAUUGGACCUUAUUAUACGACUCCAAUGAUCACGGGUUGGGUGCUAACCGUUUCUUGCACCAUGUACUUGGUUAUCGCGGUCCAACACUCGUACUGAUACAUACUAAAGAUGACCAGACGUACUGCAUUGCAUCGCCAACUGAAUGGAAAGAAACGCAUUUGUAUACAGGAGGUGAAGGCAGUUGUAUUAUUCAACUAUUUCCAAAAUUUGUGAUAUUAGAGAAAAAACCCAAUAUUUUGUACUUAAACACAAGCAUACGGGGUUAUCCUAAAGGAGUACGGGCUGGCUCGGAUCCACGUAAACCGAUUAUCGCCAUUGAUGAACACUUCGAAAAAGUGGACUGCAAAGGGUUGGCAGCAGUGCUAAUUGCAAUUGAGGUAUGGGGCUGCGGUGACAAGGCAUCACGUGAUGUGCAAUUGGAUAUUAAGAAGUGGCAAAUCAAAGAAGCUGAACGACAACGUACUGUAAAGUUAACCGCCGCCGAUUGGAUGGAUCAUCCAGAUCGUUACCUAUUAGAGUUAGGCGGUCGCACAAACUACAAUAAUUGAAAGGCGUAUAUAAUCCUUUAUUGACGGAAGCGUUUGUUUUGCGUGCCUUAAGUCUUAAUAGUUAUUAUCGACAACAUCAAUUUUACUUCGAUUGCGUUAAUACAGUGAGCAUAGUUGGAUUUUCAAAGGCGAGAGGGCAUUCUUCGCCGUAAUGUACGGUCUUUCAACGAUUCCAGUGUCUUAAUUUUAAGUGUUUAAUGAUCUUUCUUUUACUUUGAAUAUGCGUAACUUAAGCUUUUCGCUUAAAGUAUUUUAUUAUGGAUACUUAUAUGUAUACAUAUAUACAGAUAUGUACUCGGCGGACAGUCAAUUCGGUUUUAUAUUUUAAUUGCUGAAAUUGUUCUUUACACAAUAGACCACUAACUUCUAUUUUUUUUCGAUUGGCGCGUACAACGGUCUUGUUAAAUGGGUGGCGUAGCAUUAUUAGUCCAAGUAUGUACUUAAUAUUUUAUUUAUAUUCAUGUACGUCCAUAUAUUGUUAACUAAAAAAAAAGCAAAUAAAACAAUAUAUAAAUUAAAAAAAUAUUACGAUAACGGAAA